GGGAGUGUGUCAAGUUACAGAGGCGCCGGAAUCGGCCCCAGCGCUCCUCGCCAGCCGCCACGACCCACCUCUGCCCAUGGGGCCCUCCAUGUGCGCCCCUUCGCCCGGGGACUGAAACUGACUGGCCCGGGAGACACGAGGCGCCCAGAAGGACUGACAGCGCGGCACCAACUGCUCUGCAGACACUUGAAGGGAAAGACUGGGCGGAGAGAAGGAGAGCCGGUCAGAUUCCCCUAACUUUCCUGGACUUGGAACGUUCUUCGAAAUAACUUUUUUCUCACCUAGGUGUACCCCAAUUACCGCUGGUUGUGCUUUUUCGGCACUUCCCCUCCUACGGCUAAUUUUUCCGUCCUCUUUGCCGGGAGCAACGGAAAGGGACGUUUUCCAGCGAUACAAGCCCUUUCCCCCUGCCCCGCAGUUUGGAUAGAGCCUUUUGGCAGCGGCUCUCGCCUUUAUUUAUUCUAUUUAUUUAUUUAUUGGUUCUCAAGACGCGAGAGGAUGGUAGCGGAGCGCACCCACAAAGCGGCAGCCACCGGCGCCCGCGGCCCUGGGGAGUUGGGCGCGCCCGGGACGGUGGCUCUGGCGGCGGCGCGGGCGGAGCGCGGCGCACGGCUGCCGAGUCCAGGGUCGUGCGGGCUGCUGGCGCUGGCCCUCUGCUCGCUGGCACUCAGCCUGCUCGCCCACUUUCGGACGGCGGAGCUGCAGGCCCGGGUGCUGCGCCUGGAAGCGGAGCGCGGGGAGCAGCAAAUGGAGACGGCUAUUUUGGGACGAGUCAAUCAACUGCUGGACGAGAAAUGGAAGCUCCACUCAAGGAGGCGCCGGGAGGCCCCAAAGACAUCUCCAGGAUGUAACUGCCCACCAGGACCUCCUGGUCCCACCGGAAGACCCGGACUCCCAGGGGACAAAGGUGCCAUUGGGAUGCCUGGACGUGUGGGAGUAAAGGGCCAACCAGGCGAGAAGGGGUCCCCCGGAGACGCUGGGCUGUCCAUCAUUGGUCCCCGCGGCCCCCCUGGUCAACCAGGCACUAGAGGUUUCCCUGGAUUUCCGGGUCCCAUUGGGCUGGACGGCAAACCGGGCCACCCAGGACCAAAGGGCGACAUGGGUCUGAUGGGUCCCCCAGGACAGCCGGGACCCCAGGGACAAAAAGGAGAAAAGGGUCAGUGUGGAGAGUACCCACACCGGCUGCUGCCUCUCCUCAAUUCAGUGCGACUGGCUCCACCCCCGGUCAUAAAAAGGCGGACAUUCCAGGGUGAACAGAGCCAGGCCAGCAUCCAAGGUCCACCAGGGCCCCCAGGCCCCCCUGGACCAAGUGGACCUCUGGGGCACCCAGGACUGCCAGGGCCUAUGGGGCCACCCGGCUUACCUGGGCCUCCUGGACCAAAGGGAGACCCAGGAAUCCAGGGCUACCACGGCCGGAAGGGAGAACGGGGCAUGCCAGGGAUGCCAGGCAAGCAUGGAGCCAAGGGGGCUCCCGGAAUUGCCGUGGCUGGGAUGAAGGGUGAACCAGGGAUCCCAGGAACCAAGGGAGACCCAGGAGCAGAAGGGAAGCCGGGGCCCCCAGGUUUGCUGGGAAAGAGGGGGCAGAGGGGUGAGAAGGGGGCUGAAGGCUCCCCUGGGCUUCCUGGCCUCCUGGGACAGAAGGGAGAGAAAGGUGAUGCUGGCAACUCCAUUGGAGGAGGCAGAGGGGAACCUGGCCCUCCAGGGCUCCCUGGGCCCCCAGGGCCAAAGGGAGAAGCAGGUGUCGAUGGCCAGGUUGGCCCCCCAGGGCGGCAAGGAGACAAGGGGGAGCCUGGAGCAGCUGGAGAACAGGGACCAGCUGGCCCCAAGGGCUCCAAGGGAGAACCAGGGAAAGGAGAGAUGGUGGAUUACAAUGGAAACAUCAAUGAGGCUCUCCAGGAGGUCCGGACACUGGCCUUGAUGGGGCCUCCUGGUCUUCCUGGGCAAAUUGGCCCACCUGGAGCUCCAGGGAUUCCAGGACAGAAGGGGGAGAUUGGACUGCCAGGCCCUCCAGGACACCAUGGGGAAAAGGGACCUCGUGGUAAACCAGGAGACAUGGGCCCUCCUGGUCCCCAAGGCCCCCCAGGAAAGGAUGGACCUCCAGGAAUGAAGGGAGAAAACGGGCACCCAGGGAGCCCAGGAGAGAAGGGGGAGAAAGGGGAGACAGGACAAGCAGGCUCACCGGGAGAGAAAGGAGAAGCCGGGGAGAAGGGCGAUCCAGGAGCAGAGGUUCCUGGGCUGCCAGGGCCAGAGGGGCCUCCCGGACCUCCGGGGCUCCAAGGUGUUCCUGGACCAAAGGGGGAAGCAGGACUAGAUGGAGCAAAAGGAGAGAAAGGCGUCCAGGGAGAAAAAGGAGACCGUGGUCCCCUGGGACUACCCGGAGCUUCAGGUUUGGACGGCAGGCCUGGGCCACCGGGUAUUCCAGGACCAAUUGGAGUUCCAGGCCCAGCGGGACCAAAGGGCGAGAGGGGCAGCAAAGGAGACCCUGGGAUGACAGGACCAACGGGAGCAGCUGGGCUUCCUGGUUUACACGGACCACCUGGGGACAAGGGAAACCGGGGGGAGAGGGGGAAGAAAGGCUCUAGAGGGCCUAAAGGGGAUAAGGGAGACCAAGGAGCGCCUGGAUUAGAUGCCCCCUGCCCAUUGGGUGAAGAUGGCUUACCAGUCCAAGGCUGCUGGAACAAGUGAUGCCUCUAACCUUGGAUUGGCCUGUGUGUGUUUGUACAUAGAAUAUUUAUUUUUAUACAGUUUUCACUUUUUGAAAAUGCCAGAAGUAUGAUGCAUCUUACAGAUUAUUAAAAAAGAAAGAAAAACCUGCAUAUUUUGUACAGAAAAUAUCAACCUCUUCCCUUUUGUUUACAAGAUGUUUUGUAUAAGCCUAUGUCUCUAAUACAUUUUUUGUUUGGUCAUAAUGUCUGCAUGAUAUUUGUGCACACUUAUUAAGUAUCAAAGCUUAAUAAAUUACUGUGUCCUGGUGCCAAAGGGGGCCAGCCAGAACUGAGGUGCUGGCUAGCUCAUGUGUGAAUUCACAUAAAUGUAGAGGUCCAUGAUAUUUGCUAAGCUAGAUGUGUCUAAGAAUAUUUUAAACCCUUAUGGAUUUUCAUUAUUAAAAAUGAAACA